CGCAGCGCUGCCCACCUCCUGCCCGGGCUAUAAGAGGGCGGGCGGCUCGCUGCGAGCAUCCCCUGCUCCGCGCAGAGCCGUCGGACAGACUCGGGCAGCCGGCGUCCCCGGGCGAGCAAGAUGCUGCCGAUCGCCAAGAGCUUGAAACAGGGCAAGAGGGGUAUUCUAGAGCGCUUAGAUUCUGGAGAAGUUGUGAUUGGAGAUGGAGGAUUUGUCUUUGCCCUUGAAAAGAGGGGAUAUGUAAAAGCUGGGCCUUGGACUCCUGAAGCAACAGUAGAACACCCAGAAGCAGUUCGUCAGCUUCACCGGGAAUUCCUCAGAGCUGGAUCCAACGUUCUGCAGACAUUCACCUUUUAUGCCAGUGAAGACAAACUAGAGAACAGAGGCAAUUAUGUAGCUGAGAAAAUAACUUGCCAGAAAGUGAAUGAAGCUGCUUGUGACAUUGCAAAAGAAGUGGCUAUUGAAGGUGAUGCUUUAGUGGCUGGAGGAGUCAGUCAAACACCAUCAUACUUAAGCUGCAAGGAUAAAGCAGAGGUUAAAGCAGUUUUUCGAAAGCAACUAGAUGUCUUCAUGAAGAAGAAUGUGGACUUCUUAAUUGCAGAGUAUUUUGAGCAUGUUGAAGAAGCUGUCUGGGCAGUUGAAGUCCUGAAAGAAUCUGGCAAGCCAGUUGCAGCUACGAUGUGCAUUGGUCCAGAAGGGGACAUGCAUGGCGUGCCCCCAGGACAGUGUGCUGUCCAACUGGUAAAGGCUGGUGCUUCUAUUGUGGGAGUCAACUGCCAUUUUGAUGCAGAUACUUGUCUGGAAACUGUGAAACUGAUGAAAGAGGGCUUGCAGGCUGCUAAACUGAAAGCCCACCUGAUGUCUCAACCACUUGCUUUCCAUACACCUGAUUGUGGGAAGCAGGGAUUUAUUGAUCUUCCCGAAUUUCCAUUUGCUCUGGAGCCAAGAAUUGUCAGUAGAUGGGAUGUUCAAAAAUAUGCAAGAAAGGCCUAUGACUUAGGCAUUCGUUACAUUGGAGGCUGCUGUGGAUUUGAGCCAUACCACAUCCGAGCAAUAGCUGAGGAACUGGCUCCUGAAAGGGGAUUUUUGCCAGAAGCUUCUGAGAAACAUGGUAGCUGGGGCAAUAGUCUGAGCAUGCAUACCAAACCCUGGGUCAGAGCAAGGGCAAGAAAAGAGUACUGGGAGAAUUUGAGGCCUGCCUCAGGCAGGCCAUAUUGUCCUUCAUUGUCAAAGCCAGACGGCUGGGGAGUGACCAAAGGAGCCAAGGAGCUGAUGCAGCAGAAAGAAGCAACAACUGAACAGCAGUUGAAGGAGCUCUUCCAGAAACAGAAGUUCUAAUCCACUGCAGUUGUCUGAAUGUUAGGAUGUUAGAACAUCUCAUGCUUCAUAAGAAAAUCUAUGAAGAUGAAUACCCUGUUAAUUUAUCAGUUAACAUGUAAUGAAAGAGACAAAAUGCAUAGAGAAUGUGAUUAUAGAUUAAAUAUAUGAAGCUUUGAUAAUAAAGUCUUUCUCUGGUCAAAUAGUUUAGAAGGAGAUUUGGAUUCUUAUAACAAUUGGGCUUCUGUUAGCUAGGUGUCACUUAUUGGGUAGACAUAGAAAUACACGGAAAGUAAUAAUUGGCUCAACUGGCCUGUGCAUAAAGGAGAAAGCCACCUCUAAAUGGACUAUCAAUGGACUUCCACUCUUGAGACUGUUUUCUGUUUGGAAUUAUGUAGGAGCUUUCUCAGACCUCAGCGUUUGCUGAAGGCCACUUCAGGCAUGCACAAGCUGCCAGUGCUUCAGACAGAGUUAUCUGUAGUCACUUACUUUACUUAAAGAGAACAAAAGUAUAUUGGAAAAUAUAUCUUACAAUGGAAUCAAAAGAUAAGAAUGAGAUCUUGCAGGAAUUUCUUACAUGCAGGAGAAAGGUUCAGAGAAAACUUAGGAUGCGAAAAUGACAAGUAAAUAAUUCAUUGUUUUUGUCCUAAGUUAUCAUGUUCACAAAACUUUAUUCCUUUGGAGACUGUGAGGCAUAAGAGAUUAUUCUGAAAUUAUAUAUUAAAAAAUGAAUAAAUUAAAAAUAAUAUGACGGAAUAGUACUGUAUUAUCUUCACACUUCAAAUCAUAUGAACUCAAACAGAGUAACAUAAUUCAAGUAAACAACUGUCAUUGUCAAAUGCUCCAGCUGAUUUCUGGAUAUCUCAUUUGAAACACUUGGUUUUAUUAAAAAUCGAGUAUUCUAUAGAACAUUAGCAAUAAGAAGGUGUGAAAACCCUGUUAGGUAACAGAAUCAUCCAUAUAAGUUUAAAAAAAGGAAAGAAAAAUUGAGCGGUAAAUUUGCUGAGAAGGGUUUUCUUAGGAAAGGUAUCUCUAUGCUUGGAAACCAUGAAGGACAUAUUUCCAUAGUUUAUUUUUGUGAAAUACUACACAAUUGAGAGUUCUGUCUGAAAUCUCAUUCCCACCCAUCCUGCAUUAGAGCCACUGCCUUCCUUUAUGAAAAUAUUCUUGAAGUUAGAAUAUUGAAAGCCUUAGUUGGGCUACUUUUUAUGUAUAAGAUUAUUUCAUUAUUUCUAUAUCCAUGCUGAUAUUCAGAAGUCCAAGAAACAUUUCAAUAUGCAACACUUUACUGGGAAACUUCAAAUAUAUUUUUCAGGCUGUUAUUGGCAUGCAAAUUUUAGAGAAAGUCAUCUGCUUUCACCAUGUCUUUAGCAGAUUGAAAUAAAUGCGACCUGGAAAUUUUGGCUAAAAGCCAAAAGCAGACAAAUCAAGAAAGUGAAUAUUUUUAAAUGUAGACUAUUUUGGAAAGCAUCCAUUUACAUAUAUGUGCAUUACAUUAAACUCCUUUCCUUCCUAAACCCUUUUGGAAGUUCUCCCUGCAGAAAAUGCAACUAUGCAAAAUCUAUGAACCAAAAAAGCCAUCUCUUUGAUCACCACCAAAAUGAUCACAGCAUUAAAAAUGUAUGCAUGAUGAAGUGGCUAAAAUACAAGCUACA